AUCCAACAAUUUCCUAAGUAUAUCUUUUAUAUUCUAACUGAACACCACAAAUAUAGAACCAAUGAACAUUUAUAACACAGUUCUGUUCAUGUGUACUCAGAAGUAAGCCUUAUUUAACACACUGGGACUCAUUUCAAGCAAUACCUAUGAUGAAAGAAGGUACAGAAGGUGUGGAUUGGAUACAACUAUGAAAUUCUAAGAACCAAGAUGUAUAAAGGCAUAGACAUGUUCCCCAUUUAUGUUUAUGAAUUGAGGAAAUUGGCUUCCAGCCACCCAAACCUUGUGAUGGUGAAGCUGGACGCUACAAACCACGCCACCAUUAAGGCGACGGCCGCUUACGUGGCGGAGCGGCUGAAAGGCACAGGGCUGAAUGUGUUAAUAAACAAUGCUGCGAUUUUUACGGGGGUGUCGCUAGAAACGGUGGACGCCGAAGACAUGAUGAACGGGUACAACACCAACGUGAUUGGGCCGUUGUUAGUGAGCCAGGCUUUCCUGCCUCUGUUAAGGAGGGCAGCCCAGGAAAGCACACUAAAAGGACUCAGCUGCAGCAAGGCAGCCAUUAUCAACAUCUCCUCUUCCUUGAGCUCUAUCGAGUUAGUCCCCCAAAACUAUGAGAAGCCUGUCAUCUCCUACCGCUGCAGCAAGGCUGCCCUCAACAUGCUGACAAAGUGCCAGUCUUUGGGUUACAAAGACAACGGGAUUUUGUGCGCUGCGGUUCAUCCAGGGUGGGUGAAGACAGACAUGGGCACCCAGCAGGCUGACCUGACCGUAGAUGAGAGCGUGCGAGGGAUCCUCAGCGUGCUGUCCAGAUUUCGCGACGAGCACAACGGGGCUUUUGUGAGCUGGAAGGGAGAAACGAUUCCUUGGUGAAGGGCCUGGACAUCAGUAACAGCCCCAGAGGUGAAGCCGGUGCUAUCAAAAAACACUGCAAAAGCUGCAUGGCUCCAAUGGCAAGAGCACUAGGCUGGGGCUAUUUUCUCACACUGUUA